CUAGCUUGUGUGUAGCCGCAGCGUUGUCUAGGCGGAGCUGUCAUCCUUGUUAGCUGCCCCGUUAGCUGCUGUUGUGUUUUGUCAUGACAACCAGUCCCGUUAGAAAAUAGUGCAGCUGACGGCUUCAUUCGUUCACGGUUCCACCUUGGGAGCGGACAGAAGUCUGGGCGGACAGCGGAACAGUGAGAUGAAAUGACAACGUCAACAUUACAGAAAGCGAUUGAUCUUGUCACCAAAGCCACAGAGGAGGACAAGGCCAAGAAUUAUGAGGAGGCCCUGCGCCUGUACCAGCAUGCCGUGGAGUAUUUCCUGCACGCCAUCAAAUAUGAGGCCCACAGUGACAAGGCGAAGGAGAGCAUACGAGCCAAGUGCAUGCAGUACCUGGACAGGGCGGAGAAACUCAAGGACUAUCUGAAGAACAAAGACAAGCAGGGGAAGAAGCCGGUCAAGGAGGCCCAGAGCAAUGACAAGAGCGACAGUGACAGCGAGGGUGAAAAUCCAGAGAAGAAGAAGCUGCAGGAGCAACUUAUGGGUGCCAUCGUUAUGGAGAAACCCAACGUGAGGUGGAACGAUGUGGCUGGACUGGAAGGAGCUAAAGAAGCUCUGAAGGAAGCCGUCAUCCUGCCCAUCAAAUUCCCUCACCUCUUCACAGGCAAAAGGACUCCGUGGAGAGGAAUCCUGCUCUUCGGCCCUCCAGGAACAGGGAAGUCGUACCUGGCCAAAGCCGUGGCCACCGAAGCCAACAACUCCACCUUCUUCUCCGUGUCGUCCUCAGACCUCAUGUCCAAGUGGCUGGGAGAGAGCGAGAAGCUGGUGAAGAACCUCUUCGAUUUGGCCCGUCAACACAAACCCUCCAUCAUCUUCAUCGAUGAGGUCGACUCUCUGUGCGGCUCCAGGAACGAGAACGAGAGCGAAGCCGCCCGACGCAUCAAGACCGAGUUCCUGGUCCAGAUGCAGGGUGUCGGAAACAACAACGAUGGGAUUCUGGUGCUGGGAGCCACCAACAUCCCCUGGGUGCUGGACGCCGCCAUCCGCAGAAGGUUUGAGAAGAGGAUCUACAUCCCUCUGCCAGAGGAACCGGCUCGGGCCCAGAUGUUCCGCCUCCACCUCGGUAACACUCCUCACAGCCUGAGUGAAGCCGACCUGCGGCAGCUCGCCAGGAAAACCGACGGAUACUCCGGAGCCGACAUCAGCAUCAUCGUCAGAGACGCCCUGAUGCAGCCGGUCAGGAAGGUCCAGUCGGCCACGCACUUCAAGAAGGUCCGUGGUCCGUCCAGAAGCAACAACCAGGUGAUGGUGGACGACCUGCUGACCCCGUGUUCUCCUGGAGACCCUGCAGCCAUAGAGAUGACCUGGAUGGACGUACCGAGCGACAAACUGCUGGAGCCCAUCGUCUGCAUGUCGGACAUGCUGCGCUCUCUGUCCACCACUCGUCCCACCGUCAACACUGAAGACCUGCUGAAGGUCAAGAAGUUCACAGAGGACUUUGGGAUGGAGGGAUGAAGCUCCUGCUCUCAGACGGGUCAAACUAACUCCUCCUCCUCCUCUUCAUCGUUGUCCUCAGCUUCAUCUCCUGGUUUUUACAGCCUGCAGUAGGACAGUAGAUCUUUGUCCACGAACUGAAGUUUGUCCCUCUGAGAGAACAUUCUGCUGCCGUCGAGCACUUUGAAGGACUGGAGGUGGGAUCUCCUGCCAGGCAUGCGAGUGGAAACGCGUCUCAGUGUUUUUAUUAAACGUGUGUGUCUUUAAUGUUCCCGUGGAAAACCUCCAGAGCCCCAAGAUUUAUUAUUUAAAGAGUCAGAGUGAAGCAGCCGGACGGAAACACGACGAAAAACAGCUUCAGUAAUCAUCAGACGUUUAGUUUAACGGCAGCUCAUCCAUUUCUGGAAACUUAUCAAAAACUAAAACACUAAAAAUCUAGACAGACUUAAGACUUUUUGAAUCAUUUGACUCAUUUUUAGUGAAUAAAAACUGACACCAGAUCAGUUUUACGUCCAUGCAGGUGUCUCAGUUUAAAAGACAAAAAAUGCAGAGAAACUUUGAGGAAUUUUCAUGCCAUUUAACAUUUUUUCUUGAGUUAUUUCAACAAUUUUCAAUGUUUUUUUGGACAUUUUUCAGUAAUUUGGUGGGUUUUUGUCACCGUUGAAAAUUUCAUUUAAUUUUGGAUGACUUUCAUGUCAUUUGACUGAUUUUUAAUUGAUUAAAAAAAACGUAUCCAGGUGUCAAUCAAAAGCUGAAAACUGCAGACAAAUUUCAACACUUUCAUUUUGGAGUAAUUUUCACAAUUUGUGAGUAAUUCGGUGCUUUUUUUUUUUUGGCCCUAUGAACAAAGGUGUGGAAAUUUGAGACACAUGGCAUUUAAUUUUGCACAACUUUCAUGUACUUUGAGUAAUUUUCAAUGGAGGAAAAACACAUUUGAGUUGUUAAAAACUGUAACCAGACCAGUUUUACGUCCAUCCAGGUGUGACACUCAAAGAAAAAAAAACAGACAAAUUUCCAGAGCUUUUGGAGAAAUGUGAGGAAUUUUGGAUAACUGUUUGGCCAUUUUUUAGACAGUUUUCACGUUAUUUUGAACUAUUUGAGUGUUUUGUCAUUGUGGAGAAAUCUGGACAAUUUGAUGGAUGAUAAACGACGUGGAUGGACGUCAAACCGAUCUGGUGUCAGUUUAACAGAACUCAAAGGUGUAUUUUUUGUCCAUCUAAAAUUUGCAAACGUGACCCAGAUUUCUCAAAAUUGGCCCAAAAUGUCUCACCAAGUGUUCAAAAUUGCAUUAAAUAGUCAAAGAAAGUAUUGAAAUGACUCGAGAAAUCUCCAAAAUGACAAAGAAUUUUGAAAAUUAUGUGAAAAUUAUCCAAGUUUUUGUCCGUAAACUGACACCUUGUGUGGAUGUAAAAUUAAUUUGCUUGUAGUUUUAAAACGGAACUCAAAUGUGUGUUUUAUCAUCAAAACAGUCAAAAUUAUGUGAAAGUCGUCCAAAUGAAAUGAAAAUCCGGCCACAAAGGACAAAAACUUGUUCAGUGGUGUGAAAAUUGUUCAGAAUGACCUGAAAGUCAUCUGAAAUUACACAAAUGGUGAUUUUGAAAGUUGUGAGCUGCUCUAAGAAUCUUAAAUUCAGUUUUUGCAUUUGAACAUGAGAUUCUUUUAGCUUGAAAACUGUUUUACACUAAAAAUCCUUGAAAAAAAAUCUACUGAAGUAACUAACUUCAACAGAAAUCAUUCAUUACCUUUAAAUUUCGUCUUCUCCAACGUCAAACUCACCGACUGUACAAAUGGCGCCACCUGCUGUUUUUCUCCUGACACUAACUGUAGUGAAGGAAAUGAGCAUUAAUUCACAUUUUCUUGGCUGUAGUUGGACUAACAGCGGCUCAUACACACCUGGUUGUGGAGAAUCGGUGCAUCCGUCUCUCUGCUGCUUCGCUCUGAUCGUCAUCAGUAUUUAUUAAACUUUUUGUUGUAACUAAAGAAACUCAGAACGUUUACUUGAAGCUUCACUCUGGUUUCAUGAAGGAGCACCAACCGCUGUUUAUGUUUUGUUUUUUUCUUUUGGGAGGCGAAUGAAGUGUCGUCGUGCCGUUUCGUGAGACGGUAAAGAAGGAAACAAUGCUGUGUUGUUGUGGUUUCGGUGGAGCUCAGUUCUUACCGUCCCUGUUGAGGGACUCGACCUGCCGCUGGCCAUGUAACCAUUACUAAUUUAACCCCGAUUAAUAAAAACUGACAUUUCAAACGAAAGGAAA